GCCACCAGCGACAUCCCGCACGAGAUGAAGGCGGUGCAAGUCGUCCAGUACAACCAGCCGUACGCCAUCAACACGGUCCCCGUCCCGCAGGCGCUAGGCCCGCACGACCUGCUGGUCAAAGUCGGCGUGGCAUCGUACUGCCACACCGACAGCAUGGUUCGCGCCGGCAUCUUCAGAGCAGCCACCACCCUGCCCCUAACAGCAUCGCACGAGGGCGCCGGCACAGUCGUGCAAGCCGGACCCGCCGCGGCGGCGUCCUUCCCGCCCGGCACGCGCGUCAUGUGCGGGCUCGCACUAGGCCCUUGCGGAGCGUGCGCAGAAUGCACGACGGGGCCCGAGAGCGAGCGGCAGUACUGCGCGGCGCACGUCGCCGCGGGGAUCACGGUCGACGGCUUCUUCAGCGCGUACGUGCGGGCCGACGCGCGCACGUCGACGCGCGUGCCAGACGGCGUGUCGCUGCUGACGGCCGCGCCGCUGGCCUGCGCCGGCAAUACCGUGUGGCGCGCGGUGGCGGUCGCCGGCCUCAAGCCUGGCCAGUGGCUCGCCGUCGUCGGCGCCGGCGGCGGGCUCGGGCACAUCGGCAUCGCGUUCGCCAAGGCGCUGGGGCUGCGGGUGGUCGGCAUUGACGCGCGCGACGAGGGGAUCGCGCUGGCGCGCGCGGGCGGCGCCGACGUCGUGGUCGAUGCGCGGGCAGGGAGGGAGGCCGUGGUUGCUGAGGUGCAGCGUGUGACGGGGCAGCAGCUGGGCGCGGACGCGACGCUCGCGCUGGCGGAUGCCGAUAGUGCGGCGGCGCUCGCGUGCGCAGUGACGAAGAAGCACGGCACCGUCGUGCAGGUCGCGCAGCCCAUCGAGGUCAAGAUUCCGUUUCAGGAGCUGAUCAUGCGUGAUAUCCGGAUUCGUGGCACGAUGCUGGCUUCGCCCGGCGAGAGCGAUGAUAUGAUGCGCUUCGUUGCCGAGCACGGCAUAACUGUCACCACGAGGCCGUUCUAUGGGCUGGACAGCGUGCAUGAGUUGCUCGCUGCCGUGGAGGAGGGCACGGUCAAGGGCAAGGCUGUUAUUGUCGUUGACGAGGAGCAGGUUCGGCGGGAGAAGGAGUUGGGGGGGAAGUAA